AUGGUCGUACCUGCCACCCGAGCGAAAGCCUUGUCUCUGUAUCGCCAGCUCUUGAGAGGCGCCGAAAAGAUGCCGACGCCCAAUCGGAGAAAGUUUGUCGUGAAAAAGACACGCACCGAGUUUCGAUCCAACAAGAGCCUGACAGACCCAGACGAAAUCCAGUUCUGUAUUCGGUUGGCCGAUACCAAUCUUGAUACUGUUAUGAUACAAGCCGAGCAUCUGACGAGGCUAAUGAAAGACCCAACGUAUCAUGCCGACAUAUAA